UCUAAUCCGUACUUAUGGACACAAACCCUCAUACUCGCGUUAUGCAGGAUGUGUGUGUAGGUAUGAAUGCAUGAGAGUAUGCAUGCAUGUGCAACUAAAGUAUUCAACUUUGGCAGAGGCAGCUCUCGUCAACCACACUGCAGGUCACAUAGGAAGGAGGAGGGGGGCUUAGUUGAUGCGACUAUGAAGUGAACAAAGUGUAGACAUCAUUUGGCCAAAGACAGGAUGGAGGAGCCAUCUCUGCUGUGGCUGCUUUUUCUGAUCUCACUGCUGAGCUGCCCAACAAACCAAGCCUCUCUGACUGUGAGUCCCAGCAGCUCUCAGAUGUUUAAAGAUGAAUCUGUCUCUCUGAGCUGUGAGGACGACGACAGCUCUGCUGGAUGGACUCUGAGGAGAAACACAACCAGAGAAAGAAGGACUCAAGGUGGAGUUGACUGGGGGACAACUGCUGGUUCUUCCUGUAUCAUCAGCUACAUGGCCCUGUGGUACAGUGGAGUUUACUGGUGUGAGUCCAGAGAGGGAGCAACCAGUAACAGCAUCACCAUCACUGUCACUGGUGGACCAGUGAUCCUGCAGAGUCCUUUCCUCCCUGUGAUGGAGGGAGAAGACCUCACUCUGACCUGUAGAACAAAGAGGUCCUCCAACCUCCCAGCUGGUUUCUAUAAAGAUGGCUCCUUCAUCAGGACUGAGCCUGCAGGUCACAUGACCAUCCACCAUGUUUCCAGGUCUGAUGAAGGCCUCUACAAGUGUCUCAUCAGCAGUGUUGGAGAGUCUCCACCCAGCUGGGUCUCUGUCACAGGUGAGGAGGUUACCUUUGAUUUCAGGAGUUCAUUCAUCCAGAUAUUCACCUGACAGCUGAUUCUCUCUACAGAGAAACCAAAGACCACAAGCCCCCCUUUGAGCUCUCUGCCGCCCCCUUACACAACAACAGCUCUGCGUCCUGACACAUCCUCAGACCCCCUCCACCUUGUGUUAAGACUGGUCUGCCACCUGGUGGUGUUCUGUCCGUACUGCAUCUCCACUUUCAUCAUGGUGUCUCUAUAUAGAGACAGGACCACAGGAAAUGACCUGCCCAUUUCCGUGGUGACGACCCCGCCCACAUAGGCUGUGGAAGGAUUGGAAGAUAACUAUGAUGUCAUCAUUGCUGCCACCACUGAACAUCACUUCUGAACUGAUUUGAAAAGAAGCUCAAGUGUUUUGAGUCCUCAUAGAUCAGAAAAAGGGCGGAACUGAAAGGUUUUGUCUCAUUGCAAAUCUUUGAUCUGAACUGGACUUUAGUAGCAGAUAGUUGAUCAGGUUCUGCUGUAAAGAAAGAAACGUGUAAAUCAAUUCAUGAAUAAAAGUAACACAACUU